UGUGUAUGCGGAGUUGUUGAAAACUGAGCAAGAUAGAAUGUAUGCAAAUGAUGAUAUUGCGGACAAGUCCUACUUCUUCAGUAGCAUUUGCCUGGAUAUGGUGCAAAAGAAGGACACCCGUGCGAUGGAGAAGUAUGUGAGAAGGAAUGUAACUGAGGGUAGUGCAUGCCGAUACAUCCAUUUCCUGAUUUGCCAUGACGCGCACUGGACACUUGUGGUGUAUGAUACUGAUUAUGGGAGUUGGAGGCAUUACAAUCCAAUGAGGCAAUGUUCGGUGCAGACAGACGUGCAUUACACCGAAGCUGUAAUUCUAGAAAGCAUUGAAAUCAGUUGGCAGUAUAUGUGUUGUGUGUUGUGAGAUAAUAUUGGCACUUUGAUUUUGUUGUGAUGAGUUUUUUUUAGUUUUGUAAUUUGUGUGGCAGAAGGAAUGUGUGACUAACAUUAUGAAGCAGUCAUUGCGUGCAUUUGGAAUGGAUGAGUGUACCAUUGAGGCAGAUUUCAGCUACCCAUUGGAGGCUAUCACACAGUGCCUAUAGAAGAAA